AGACGGCUCUCAUUGUGUCUGGUAGGUGGUCCGCGGCCCGGGAGGCGGCCCCGGGUUCAGCCGAGGUAAAGCAGGCAAACACCGCGCGAAGCCCCGUGUGUGCUGGUGGUAACUCUGAGCUGCUGCUCCCCCGCACCCGCUUUAAUGACACAGCCUGUCAUCAUUGUCUUUUUCGCCCCUCACUCGUUUUGUUUCUAAAACGCCCUGCCACCUUUAAAACAGCGGCGUCAAGCUAGCUAGCGUUAGCCCGCCGGGAUUUCAAAACAAAAGCGUGAAAGUGGCGCCUGUCGGAUAAACGCUCAGACAAAUAACUCAAAGCAGAGAGCACACUGCAGCGGAGCAGCUGGUGUCAUGCGAGGACAUCUAUAAGGGGUAGUCUGGCUGUUAAUAUCCCAGACUGACUCAGCCCAUAAUGGACAGCACAAGAAUGCGUAUGAAAGGCUGUUCUUAUUAAGAAAGCUACAAUCCCCUGGUUGUUUGACAAGUUGUAUCUACACCUGAGGACAGCUUUACCUGAAUGCGUCAUAGGGUACAGUAUGCCAAAGGAACAACCUUGCCUGAGCGAGCACAGCCCCUGUGCCACAUCCAGCAUGAACGCCAAAGAUGAGCGCAACAGUACGACUCUGCUGGCGAUGCGUGAAACUAAAGACGCAGAUGACUCCAGUGGAAGGGGCUCCCUCUGCAGCUCAGAGAAAGACUCCGGCUACUCUGAUUGCUCAGACUGGCAGCAUAUGGAUGUGGAGGACCAGCAUAGCGACAAAAGCCAGUCCAGAGGUAGUGAGUGCGCAGAAACGUCACAGCCUGGCCAGAACAGAGAACGUGGGCAAAGAAAUUCUGAGAAUUCCACCUUGAUGCUUGCAGGACGUGAGCUCCCACCCAUCUACAUAAUCGACAACAUGGGGCUGAAGCAGACCCCCCAGCUGGACACGAUCCAGAAAAAAGGUCAGCUACUCUGGAGAAAUAAAAGCUUGGAAACUAGCAGUUCCGGUGCUCCCCAGAUCGUGUUGCCGACCACCCGGCAGCCCCACAAGCCCUUGUCCCGGAAGCCCAACAUCAUGGGCAAGAAAAGAAACGGCAAGUACCUGCCUAUUUUCAACUCCUAUUCCCGGAUUGCACCACACCCCAGCAAGAAGCCCCCAGAUAUAUCUUUAUCUAACGAAAAGCUCCAGAAUCGGAGCGAGAAUGUGUGCACAGAACAUAAGAGUGACAGUACACCAGGGACCAGGAGUCUGCUAGAUCAGCACCUUAAUAAGCAACCCAAAUUAGCAUUCUCAUGCUCCUCUUCACCCAGAGAUACUGUAUCCUCCUCCACUUCCGCUAUUGCUUGCUCGAGCCAGGGCUCUCCAUCUGCGUUCACUGUGCACACCACCGGCUCCUCCUCCCUCCUUGCAUCCAGAGGACUUCAAAGGAACGGCACCACUAAUGUUCGCCACCGCCGUUUCCUCAACACAUUAGAAAUCCUCGGACAAUCAGGUUUGUUAGACAUUGCACUGCGCACCAAGGAGCUGCUGCGCCAAAGCAACGCUAUCGAGCAGGACAUUUCCCAACUGCGCCAGCACACAGAGCUGCUGUGCCAGACCGCCAGCAACCCCAGCCUGAACGGUGUCACAGCCUGGGAACCUCUCCACAGAGCCAUGUCCGAAUCCUGCAGCUACCCCAACCUCAAACUCCUGCACAAUUUACAAACCCCGCCUCAUCCAGAUUCUUCUGGUCAACCAGAGAGUAUUAACACAGUUGACAGUGAGCAGCCAGCCACUGAGAGCUCGGCUGUGUCACCAUCUCAUUGUCCCCCAGCCUUACUGGACCCAAACCAGAACUGUCCUGUAUCACCGUAUCAGUCGGAACAAAGCAGGGAGCUCGCCACCGGUGGGAAAGUCACCUUUACGCCUCCUGACAGUUCUACCGGUUAGCACAAUCUGCAGUGCCUUGAGGAGGAGAUCCUGCCAGUGGAGAACCGGUAGUUAUGUUUGGAUAUGUGUAUUUUUUUUAUUUUUUAUGUUGUAUCUCUGCUUAUUUUAGAAUGUACUGUACAAGAUGUCAGUGUUCCCAGUUGAUUUAUUAAUUUCACGGGAGUUACGUUUUUUGACAUCUGAAAUUUGAUUUCAUAAUUAAUGUGCUUAAGUGCAACUUAUGGCCAAGGCACCAUCAUCUAUCACUACUGCAGACGUUGCAGAACCACACGCAGGAGGAGACGCUGUCUGCCCGUGAGCCACUUGAUGGAUUAUGUGAAAAUAAAAUGUGUUUCCUUAUAAGGAAGAGGACAUUUGCUAAAAAUCAAGUGGCACUUAAUGCAGUUAUGACAACUUCCGUGUACAAUACCAGGUCAGUUUGUCAUUUUGCCUUCACAACAGUUGGACUUUAUUUAGGGAAAAUGGGAAUAGAUCCAUCUCCUUGUAGAUCAUUUUUGAAUGAAAAAGUGAGUUGUGUCCCAAUUCAGAGGCUGCAUCCGCAUUCUUCGGUUGAGCUGAGGCGUGAUACUCAAGAAUUGUACAUCUCGUUGUUUUGCCAGCGAAAUUACCUCUUUUUAAAAACAGUUAGUCAUUUAAAGCACAUCAAAUCCUGGAAUACUUGGGUCGGAAAGGAUCCACCUGCUGGAGCCUUCGCUUCUCUGGGAUGGAAGGAUGCGUUUGUUGGCCGCAUGUAAAGGAACCAUUGAAAUGGGACAGUCCAGUCGCACCACUGUGAUGCCAUUGGUCCUCAAAUGCAGCCUCUGAAGGCUGCAGCCACUGAAUUAGACACAGCUAUAGAUUCUUAUAAAUUUAUUUCCCUGAGCAUGAGCAGUCGCUAAGAUUGGUGCCUUCGAAAGAACAUAAAAAGGCUCCCAGAAAAAUAGCACUUUAAGGAAACUGAUCGCAUUUGAGGCACAACAGGGAGCCUCAUGUUGCAGAGAAACUCCUCCUGUAACGUCACAGACUGCAUCACACUGGACUGCUUCAGGGACUUGUUUUCAAACGCUUCCCCAACAAAGCCUUAAAGACUCAAGUGAUAUUUUACUCUCUACGAAGAUGCAUAACCGCCACAGGUUGUGACACUCAGUGAACUCUAUUCAUUUAACAUACACAGCACAUGCCUUGUUAUAAUGGAAGCAAUUUAACCACAGACUGGAUGAUGGCAUCGCUCAGAUGAUCAGUUACACCAUUUCCUCUCAUGCAGCAGCUCUCUCCAGUUCGAUGAUUUUCUUUUUGUUUGCACAGAGCCACUAACUUUCUUCUUGUGGUCGAACGUUUUUUUUAUUCAUAGAUGUAGCACCGUUUGCAUCGUGAGCCUGAGAGUUUGACAGUGUUUUUGUAUAAAAUUGUUGACUCAGUGAUUUAUAUGCAUGUGAUAUGCGUGGGAUUAUUCUUCCACUACUUUGGGCUCAUGCAUAUGACACACAUUUCUGAAACUGAAAGUUGUUUAUGUAGUGCAUUUUUUCAUAAUUUUAAGGUAUUCAAAUAAAGCAAUAUAAAAAUUA